UCCAGUCUGAGCCGUGUGAACUGCUGCUGGGUACUCGGCCGACGUGAUCGUCCGCUCGCUUCGUUUAUUUUUCAGCGAAACGCAGGAACAAAACUACUCACUGUGGACUUUUUUUUGAAGACUCUUCUCCCAGAGAGGCCGGGGCAUGCAUGUUCCUCUUCUCACUGUACCAGACGGCGAAAACAGGGUUUCAACCUGUAGAUAGCGAGCGCCGCGCUCCACAGAUUGUGCAUCUGCGCUCGGCUCUCCGACACCGAUCUGGGACACUACCCCGUUAACCUGUCGCGCGUGUGACAACGGAGCGUCUCUCGAACGCUCGCUCGCAGCCAGUGGUCGUCACCAAACCGACGCUCGGCUUAUGAAUGGCACUGACAUGGAGGAAAUGCCGUUUCAGAAAGUCAAGACCCGGCGGAAGAGAAGCCACUGCCCGCCCGGCGUGCCUCUGACCGCCAUCGCGUGCGAAGACGAAUUCGACUGCAAGGAGCUGGAGUCGCUCUUUCAGAACUACAAUCUGAAGUUGGAACAGACGUCGACGCUCAAAGCCUUGGCGGUGCUCAUUCUCCUGUCGUCCGCGCUGGCCGUGGUGGAGGUACUCUCCGGACCCAGCGUCACCAUCACCAAAGGGUCCCAUCCGGUGCACUGUAUCAUUUUCGUCUCGCUCUUCAUCGUCACCAACGUCAAGUACCUGCAGGUGACACAGCUCCAACAGAUCGUCAACCUGACCCUGCUCUUCGGGUUCACCUUCUCCUUUCUCUGCUGCCCGUUUCCGCAUGUCGCCCUGGGCUCGGACACGCCGCCGGUGCCCGAGCAGGGCAUGUGGCAGCUCAUGCUUGUCAUGUUCGUCGCCUACUCGCUCCUGCCCGUGCGAACUCUUCUGGCAUUGAUCUUUGGGAUUAUGGUGGCCAUCUCACACAUUAUUGUCACGGCGACGUCGGUUACGGUUAAAACACAGAAAUUGUGGAGAACGCUGGUGGCCAACACAGUUCUCUUCACCAGUGUAAACCUCUCUGGACUUUUCGUGCGCAUCCUCACUGAGCGCGCUCAGAGGAAGGCCUUCCUGCAGGCGCGAAACUGCAUCGAAGAGAGACUCCGCAUGGAAGAUGAGAAUGAGAAGCAGGAGCGGCUGCUGAUGAGCCUGUUGCCUAGAAACGUGGCUAUGGAGAUGAAGGAAGACUUCCUGAAACCUCCUGAACGCAUAUUCCACAAGAUUUACAUCCAGCGCCAUGACAACGUCAGCAUUCUGUUUGCGGACAUCGUGGGCUUCACCAGCCUGGCAUCUCAGUGCACAGCACAGGAGCUGGUGAAGCUCCUCAAUGAGCUCUUCGGGAAGUUUGACGAGCUGGCCACGGAGAACCACUGCCGACGCAUUAAGAUCCUGGGAGACUGCUACUACUGUGUGUCGGGUCUGACCCAGCCCAAGACUGACCACGCCCACUGCUGUGUGGAGAUGGGUCUGGACAUGAUUGACACCAUCACGUCGGUAGCGGAGGCCACAGAGGUGGACCUGAACAUGCGUGUGGGGUUGCACACGGGUCGUGUGCUCUGUGGGGUGCUGGGACUCAGGAAAUGGCAGUACGAUGUCUGGUCCAACGACGUGACCCUGGCCAACGUCAUGGAGGCUGGGGGGUUACCUGGGAAAGUGCACAUCACACGAUCCACCCUGGAGUGCCUGAAUGGCGACUACGAGGUGGAGCCCGGCAACGGGCGUGAGAGGAAUGCCUUUCUGAACAAACACGACAUCGAGACCUUCUUCAUAGUGCCCUCCCACCGCAGGAAAAUCUUUCCUGGGCUAAUCCUGUCAGACAUCAAGCCUGCUAAAAAGAUGAAGUUUAAGACGGUCUGCUAUCUGCUUGUGCAGCUCAUGCACUGUCGCAAGAUGUUCAAGGCUGAGAUUCCGUUCUCCAACGUCAUGAACUGUGAGAAUGGGGACAAGAGGAGGGUCCUCCGCUCGGUGCCGGAGAAGCUGAGAAACCGGACGUCCGUGUCGGCCAACGUGACGCAGAGCAGCCCCGGCACGCGCGUCAACCGCUGCAUCGGCCGCCUAAUCGAGGCACGGCAGACCGAGUCGGACACGGCCGACUUGCGCUUCCUCACGCUGGCGUACAAGUGCUCGGAGCGCGAGAGGAGGUAUCAUCACCUUCACGACGCGUACUUCACCGGUGCUGUGGUGCUCUCGCUUACCCUGGCUGCACUGUCUGGCCUGGUCUACCUUCUCCUCAUGCCACAGGGAACAGUAACACUGGUCUUGCUGGUUUUCUGUAUCUGCUUCCUGGUGGCUUGUAUCAUGUAUCUUCAUGUCACAAGAGUGCAGUGUUUUCCUGGGUGCCUCACAAUACAGAUCCGGACAGUCCUGUGUGUUCUUAUUGUGCUUUUAAUCUACGCUGUGGCCCAAGCUUGUGUGGUGGGCUGCAUGCCAGGCCUGUGGGCCUCCAACUUCACCAGCUCUAUGGUGACGGAGGAGGCAGGCGCAGGCGCCAACCGCACCAGGGCAGAGCUGCCGUGCGACGGGGCAGCGUAUGCCUUCCUGUCAUGCGCGGUGGGCACACUGACAGUGGCGCUCUUCCUGCGUGUCGCCUGGCUGCCCAAGAUGGUCCUGCUCAUCAUCCUUGUCGUCAGCUACGUCACCGUGCUGGAGCUGAGCGGCUACCGUAGGGCCACUAACGGGGCCGGUGUGGGGGCGUUCAGCAUGCGCACGUACGAGCCCAUCCUCGCUCUGCUGCUCUUCUCAAGCGCCCUGGCCCUGCACUCACGCCAGCUGGAGCUAAAACUGCGCCUCGACUUCCUCUGGGCCAUGCAGGCUGAGGAGGAGCGAGACGGCAUGGAGAAGGUCAAACUGGACAACAGGAGGAUUCUCUUUAACCUGCUUCCUGUGCACGUGGCGCAGCACUUCCUCCUGUCUAACCCCAGGAACAUGGAUCUCUAUUACCAGUCCUACGCCCAGGUGGGGGUGCUCUUCGCAUCUAUUCCUAACUUCAACGACUUCUAUAUUGAGCUGGACGGGAACAACAUGGGCGUGGAGUGUCUGCGUCUUCUUAAUGAGAUCAUUGCUGAUUUCGAUGAGCUCAUGGACAAAGAGUGCUACAAAGACAUCGAGAAAAUCAAAACCAUCGGCAGCACUUACAUGGCAGCGGUGGGUUUGGUCCCGACCACUGGCAGUAAGGCUAAAACUUCCACAGCGACUCACCUGAGCACAAUAGCAGACUUUGCCAUUGAAAUGUUCGAUGUCCUGGAUGAAAUCAACUACCAGUCAUACAACGACUUUGUUCUGAGAGUGGGUAUCAAUGUGGGUCCUGUGGUGGCAGGUGUCAUUGGUGCGCGCAGGCCUCAGUACGACAUCUGGGGCAACACAGUGAACGUAGCCAGCCGUAUGGACAGCACAGGUGUCCCGGGCAAGAUCCAGGUAACGGAGGACGUCUACCGUUUGCUUCAGAACGACUACGACCUGAUGUGCCGCGGUAACGUCAGUGUGAAGGGCAAAGGUCAGAUGCUGACCUACUUCCUGGAGGGCAAGUGCCAGGCCGCUGCUAAUCAGGUGGCACAGUGCUCGGGGAGCACGGAAAGGAUGCUGUACGCCAUGGGCCGCACUGCCUCUGGCCUGGCUGCCAGGGUGGGGGUUAGCUCCACCCAGCUGUCGCUUGGCAACAGCUCCACCACGCCUGCCCUCAGCCAGCCCAGCACCUGUGUGCCCGUGGUGGGAGAGAAUGUGGAAGGUGACACAGCAGAGAAAGGGGAGGUGUAAUAUGAGUGGAGCGGGCAGAACAGAAAUGAGCAAGGAAGGUUUGGAGCUCGGCAACGGACAAGGCAACGCAGGAGAGAGCAGGCCAAGGGAACGCCAUAGCCGGCACGGAUCACGAGAUGGGCCAAAAAGCAGCUGCAGGCCUUUGCAGGAUGAGGCCUGGGCUCAGACUCUGGGAGGAGCAGAGACAGCAACAUGGUUCAUGUAUCAAGGAGAAGUGUGACAAAUUAGACUUCAGCAGCGAGAAAGGUGGAAAUAAGGGGUCACCCGUGAGCCUGCGUGGCAGAAAUUCGUCUUCCCUUUCUAAGUGUUCAUUUCCAGUUUGGUGAGCAUCAUCAAAGCUGUUGGCAUCUGCAUGCUUCGAGUUCCAAGACAGCGACACUGUUUUUUUUCUUCUGAAUUCUACCCUUUCAUGUUUCGAUAUAGAGCUGCACACUCAUCUCUUAAUCCUGUAAGAGACUGAAUUAUAAAGACUCUGGUGGGUGACAUUUUGCCCACGCAUGCACACAUGCAAACAUACAGGGAGCUUGUGAAGUCAAAUACUUCUCUUUAUCAAGACUGAUGUUUUUAUUUAUCAUAUGCCAAGAUUAUCUAAUGUAAAUACAUAGAUGUUCUUACUAUGAAAAUUGUGUAGUUUUUGUAUACUCUUCAGUGAGUUUGAGUGAAGCUGAAUGUGUAUGCACGUGUAUAAGCACUGCGUCUGUAAUCAGCAUAGCACAAAAGGGUACGUCCUGCACAUCCACAAUGCAGACGUUUUAUCGGACAAAGCAAUUUAUUGAGGCGAUAGACAUUUUUUGUUGUUAUUGUUUAUUUCCUGAAAUCUUGGUGUAGCUUUUACAUAAAGAUACUCUCCUCAAUCGAUCAGGGUUUUGCCGCUGUGGACAGUGACAAGCACACAAACCUUUAUUGUCUGAUUGUUUUCCUUCUCAGUUUCCUUUUUUGGUAGUCUGCAAUUGUGGCGCUGCACCAGUGACUUUUGUAAUUUGAUAUAUACUGUUUAUUUGUGGAAUGUUCUUAUCAGCGCACUUCUCUUCGACACGGAGGACAUUAGAAAUGGCCUCAAACUGAGAGGACACCUGUCCAUGCAUCUAUAGCGAUAACGCUGUAAGUAAACACACCUGUGGCACAGAUCCAGUAGCAGUGAUGUAGAGGAAAUGUUAAACAUCCGGGGGGGGGGGGGUUAAAAUCAUUUGAACCAGCCAAGACAGACCUCCACUUUAAACUGGUUAACGGUGUUCUUUAAUCCUGCUCCUGGGUACUCUGUGGUUUAGUAUUAUUAUUCAUUAUUAUUAUUAUUAUUAUUAUUAUUAUUAUUAUUAUUUAGUAUUUAGUAUUAUUUUAACGUUUACCCAUCCAAUCAAGCAUAUCAGCUAGUCAUCAAAACUCAAAGCAAACAUUUGAAUAUAGUGUGAACCUGGACGAUUGCGAGCCACUGCCCCAUAAAAACAUCUGAGUUCAUUUGAGUUCAUUUGAGUUUUUCCUAAGACACACCAACAGGUUCUUUGCUUCUUUGAGCUGACACUGCAACGCCAACAUUUCUGUCUCCCAAAGGCAUAUGUAUUCAUUCAUUUAACAAAUAAACAUUUACCAGGAGUUAAUAUAGUGAUGGUCUGUCACUUCUAAACAUUGUUGUAAAGUAUUGUGCAUUGUUGUCCAAAAAUAUAAACCCAGUGGCAUUAUUACAUAUGAGAGCAAGUUUCUGAAGCCAUACUAUAGCUGAAGGAGAUGAACCCAGAUUGUACUUUGGACAUCACUGCUCCCUGUGGUGGAACACAUGCUAUUCGUGCUACUGCUCUGUCUGUCUACUGCUCUACUGUGACCUUGGAUCCGGUACCCACGGCAGCCUAGGCUGCGUGAGGUAAAUCGGGUUUGAUUAGAUGAGGUCGAAGGGCACAAGGGCAGAGCGAACUUUUGCAGGUUAUACCCUCUUGAUAAUGGGGGAUUAAUAUAGCACAUGCACACAUACAGUCACACAGGUGAACAGAGCCAGUCAAAUACUGGUAGACACAAACAUACACACUUUUCACCAAAGUACUGUAAUACACACACCUGCAAUAGCGCCCAUUAUAUCGGCCACGUAGCACUCAUCUGAGGAUUCAUUGAUAAAUUCCAGAUAUCAGGACAUUGAACUCAAAAUUCUAAGUAAACUUAAAAGUAAACUUAGUCACAGUUCUUGGUUACAUGGUCACAGUCCAUGUGAAAGGAGAGCUUUUUACAUAUAUGUGAAUGACAGAAAGCAUGGUCACGUUUCUGUAGUACUCCUCCAAUGCAAAGAGGCACCUGAACCUCUAAUGACACAAUGGAUAGUAAUGACACUGAAGUGGCAAGUGUAAAUCUCAAAAGUUUUCACACUGAAAAAGUAUUAAGAUGUGAUGACAGAACAGCAAAAAUUAAAUAAAUUGGCAUGUUGUUUAAAGGACUCUUCUUGAAUCCAACUCUUGCCAAAUCCUGCAAAAUGUCAUGGAAAUCAGAGAAAAAAUCAAGUGUUUUUUUUUUUCUGGAGCUUUCCUAAUCUCUACCCAUUUAAGUAGAAACAUUUGGAGUUUUUCCAAUUACAAAAGGACUUUUGCUCAUUUGAAGACGGUUCACCACUGGAAUUUGUGACUCCACCAUGAACAUCCUCAACCUCCCUCCUGGAUCUGGUCCCCACUGCAAUCAUCUGCCAUCGGUAUCCGCAUAACAUGUCUCUUGCCUUAUUUUACCUGCUUACAGUGACAGAACUCUGACUUUUAGCUAAUACUCUUUGAUAUGCAGAUGUUAACGUUUGUAAAUAUGGUGUGUGUGAUAUGUCUCCUGUACAAAGCUGAGCAGUAUAAGAUUUUGUAAUAAAUACACCAUUGAAGUAAAA